AUGGGCCACUCGAUACAUCUGUUCAUGAGGAGCAUGGUCGAGAUGUCCAAAGGGGAAAGCAAGUGGGCCACACAAUUCACACGUACCAGGACCACGCCUCGAUGGCUCCAAUACGGUGAAAGUCAGGCGAAAAGGCUGAGUCUGAAGGAGCGUGGGGGGAUGGUGGAUGACUUCGGAGGAGAUGGCGGCCUCUGUCUCGAGCAGCUGCAAAUGCUUCUGGCUGCGUUCAGGUUCCUUGAGAAGGACAAUUUAUGCCAACCAGAAAAAGACGGCAAGCCUACGGCCACGAGGUCCUUGCAGUGCGGCGUGUGCGAGAAAGUUUUCAAGCGAACAUCGCAGCUGCGAACACACUUGUUUGCUCACGUGCGCGAAAACCAGUACACCUGUGGCGUGUGCGGCAAGAAAUUCACGCAGAAGAACAACCUGCAUAAGCUCACUCACUCGGGUGUAAAGAAGUUCAGAUGUCAGUUCUGCGGCAAUGCGUUUAACUUGAAGGAAAGCCUAACCAGGCACACCCGCACACAUACGGGCGAAAAGCCGUACCUGUGCCACCUGUGUCCCGCUGCAUUCGCGGACACGGGUACUCUCAAGGCACAUGUUCUGACUCACACAUGUGAGCGACCACACAGCAGCAAAUUUAGUUCUAAAGGAGCACUAGCGAUGCACAACCGUACGCAUACGGGCGAGAAGCCGUGUCUCUGCCAUCUUUGUCCUGCUGCAUUUGUGGACAGGAGUACGUUAAAGAGGCACAUUCUAACCCACACCGGCGAGCGACCUCAUCGGUGCGACAUAUGCGGGAAGAGGUUUGCACUACGAUCGACUCUUUCUCGUCAUAAGCGUAUUCACUCAGCUAGUAGCUAA